GAGCAUUGCAACCUUCAGGUAAGCUUGAUCCUAAUCUCCUCUCACUUUUUUUUUUUUUUCGCAUCGUUUGCGACUGUGCCAGUACCGUUCAUCAUGGAGAGGCUGCCGCACCGCCAAACGUGGAGCGCCGAUAUGCUCAGAGGGCAUAGGCCAGUAUGGCUUGUUUCUCACUGGGCAUCUCUCAUGCUUUGAUUCCCCACUCUUGCCGAAGAGGCAGCAGCGGUUCCUUUGUUGUCGCAGGCCGUUAUUUGGCCAGAGGCUAAUGUUUGUCUUGCUCGAUAGGAAUUACUACAUCUCCGACCCCCGCAAUCACCAACUAGCAACCUUCGAAAAGACAAACUUCGGCCCACAACUUGACUGCGCAAACCUUCGGAGAACAGCCGGGGCCUCUUAAAAACAAUGGCUGGCACGGGAGCGUCCAGCCCCUUCAUCAAGGACGAGCCUGACGACCAGCUCUUCGGCGCCGCCGGUCACAACCAAAGAUUCAUGGGCAAUAUCCAUCAGCAGUUCAACAUGCCACAACAACAAUUCAACAACUUCGGUUCCACGCCUGGAACAAAUGGAAGCAUAAACCCCAACGACCUGUCAAUGCCAAUGUCAGUUCAAGCGGGUAGUUACCUUGGCGCUGGGUUCCAAGGAAACUUCGCGUCGCAACCAUCAAACCCCAACGGCAGUUACUCGAAGGGAAUCUCAGCAUUAGAUGACGAUGACCUACUUGAGAGCCUGGGUGGAUUCCAAGACCAGCAAAACAUAGGCCACAAUGGGUUGCCGCAAAACCAGCAGAAUUUCAACAACCUCGAGGAAUUCGACUUCAACAUCCAGACCAUGUACCCCGGACAGGCGGCUGUCUCCAUGCCGAUGGAGCAGCACCCUCAGCUGGUCAACGUCUACUCCAGCACGCCGGACGGAGACCCAAUACAGAGCCCAUUCGUGCACAACUUCAACCACCAACAAAUUAGGCAAAUGCAGCAGCAACACCAGCAACAGUUUGGCAGCUCGCUGCAGUCGCCGAACUCCUUCACAAAUUCGCCCCUGGCAGCUGAGCUGCAUUCUGGUUCCGCAGACAACUAUAUGAACCAAAAACAACGGACACGGCCGUCACUGCCAAUGCAGCGAAAGUCGUCAGCGUCAAGGGGGCCAUUAACGCCAAAGACCCCAGGCAUCGGUAUCGGUGUUGGGUCCAUGAACCUCAACGGACAAGAAUCGGGAUCCUACCCCUCACAGCCUAUCCGUACGAGCGCCCAUCGCAAGACCCCCUCGACGCAAUGGGAGCAGAGCAUCGGCAGCCUCCAAUCCUUCCCCGGCUCCGGGUUCUCCUCACCCAUACAGCAGGGGAUGCACCCCAACCCCCAAAUCGCCGACAUCCUCAAGACGGGCUCCAUGCCCACCAAGCUCAACGGCGCACAAUCCGGCAGCGCCCCCGCGAUGCAAACCCAAGAGAUGAAGCGACGCAGGCGGCGCGAGUCACACAACCUCGUCGAGCGCCGCCGCCGCGAUAACAUCAACGAGCGCAUCCAGGAACUUAGCCACCUAGUCCCCAUGCACCGUCUCGAGGACGAGAAGGUCCGCAAGGCGCUGCAGAAUAACUCCCCACUCUCCCCGACGCUGGGCUCGACGAGCAUCUCCCCGCCACAAGCUACGUCUGGGCUUGCGGGGCCGGGAGCUAGGAGAGCGACGGCGGGGAAUAUUACGCAGGGCAUUCCGGUGGAGGAGAAGGAUAAGGGGCCGAAUAAGGGGGAUAUUCUUAAUGGAUCGGUUAGUUGGACGAGGGAUCUCAUGUGGAUGCUCCAUGUCAAACUGCAGCAGCAAGAAGAACUCGCCAACCUCAUCACGGACCUCGGGGGUACCUACCCCUUCGAACCCACCGAGGACGAGCGACGCAUGCAAACAGAGCUGGUAGACGCUAUGCACAAGAACGGGGUAUCAUCCUUCUCGUACUCCCGCGCGCCAGGUACCGGGCUGAGGGUGCCAAAGCAUACGGAUAUUAAGGGGGACCCUGUGGGCGCGGCGAGGGGCGAUGUGGAUAGUAGCAGUAAUAGCGUUAGUCCUGCGGAGAAUGGGGGGGAGGACGUGGCGACGGCGGUGGGUGUGGGGGGGCAGUAUUGGAGUGGACAUAAUAGUGGGGGGAGUGGAGCGGGGAGUGUGAGUUUUAAGGAGGAGGAUGAGUAUGGGAUGGAUCUUACGCAGUAGUUGAGCUGCGUAUUGAUUUCGUCUCAGACCUUUGCCUUCCUUUUACUUUGCUUUUGCUUGCCUGCGCGCUUUGCUUGAACUUUCAGAGUUGCCCCGGGUCCGGCGAGGGGUUUCAAGUCAUUUCUCAUAUCUACCUAUGAUACCUGGCACAACAACGGCGUUACGACUUGAAAUGUGGCUUACGAUGUUCUUCGCUUUUGCUUUUUGUUUUUGUUUCUGCCUUGCUUUGCGUUAGUUCAAGUCCACGCUUCUACGCGCGCGAGAAUCCGCUUCUUUGUUGGUGUUUUUGGCGGGCAGGGAUUUGGGGGGAUCUGGUUCUAGGUUCGGUCAGGUCUGCGGACCGGAAGCCUUCUGUUUUGCGUGUAUUACACACUUUUGUUUUUAUCUCUUUGUAAUGUUGAGGAUGUGGGCUUGGGUGGUUGAAUUGGCUUUAAUCCAUCAUCAGUUUUUAUUUAUUUCUUGCUUCUGGGAAGAGCGCGAGCAGGAUGUGGUAGAGCGGUGGAAUUUCGGGAGGUUGAAAGAGAGGAUGUAACUGGCAGGGCCAGUAUGCUGGGGGUUUGUCCCAGGGAUGAAAGGGGGGGAGGGGAGAACUUACAUCGUUUAUGCGUUCGUUACGUACGUAUGCGGUCUAGUUAGGGGGGGGGAAUGCAGUGUUGUUCUAUAGAGUUUUUUGAGUUUUUAUGUGCUGUAUGUGAUGUGAUGUGGUGUGAUACUAUGAGGAUGUGAGGAUGUGAGGAUGUGAAGAUGUGAUAUUAUGAGGAUGUGAGGAUGUGAAGUGAAAUGAUGUGACGUUGUGCUGGCAUCAAAUUAGUUUUAACAUGUCCUCUAUACAUACACCCCCCCC